AUGAAUACCGAUCUAACCCGGCCGUCGCGAAAGCGGUCUAUGCCAAAGAAAUUCUCUCGCGAAGUUAAAGAUGCGUGCUGGAAUAAGGCGGACGUAGUUAAAGGCCGCGAUCCGGAACGAUGGCGCCGGGAUAGCGAAGGGAAUGUAGUCUUCCGCGCUUUCGACUCGUGCGACGGCCCUUUCUGCUUCGAGUUCGACCGUAUCGUCCCUCGAAAUAAGGGAGGCGACAGCUCAGUGGAAAACUGCACCAUUCGCCAGACAUUUCUCUGCAAGUCACCCCGGUCGUCUCGGGACGUUCGGAUUCUUGACAGGGAAUUUUCAGAAGCUGACAUGGAUCUAAUCGAAAGGAGUGCAUAUGGAAAUGUUACACAACUGUCACAAGGCUCCAGAUGCAGCAUACAGUAG